AUUGAAGUGCCUAUUGUAGGCGUGCACAGGUGCAUGUUCUGCCGCUUGCCGCUGGCGCACCCCGCAUCCCGCCCGCCUCGCCCUCCCCCGCGGCAAUCUCGGCGCUCGCUCUCCCCAGCGGCAAUCUCGGUGUCCACCGCCGCCUCAUAACACUCCCGUCUCCCACGCCAUACGCCCAAGACCGAGCCGCCUAGAUCUGAUUGGGUUGGCUCUCGUCGCGGGGGCGAAGGGGAAGGGGGAGGAAGAACCAGGAGGCGUGCGUUCGUCCAAGAUGCUGCAGCUGCUGAUGGCGGCGGCCUUCUCGGCGGCCCCGCUGACGCUGUACGUGCCGCCGGUGCGCAGCCUCAUCCUCUUCGUGGAGGCCAUGGAGGUCGUCUGCCGCGACUGCGGCCCCUACUCCCACGACGUCGUCGCCCACUUCCGCGUCGCCCUCUCCCGCGUCCUCGCCGGCCUAGCCCAGCCCAUCUCCGGCUACGGUGGAUCGAUCUAAAGGCAACAAGACUGAGAUAUCCAAAUCUGAGCUCAUACAGAAGAGUGCAUACUGUAGGGUUUCAGGACGGGACAUGGAUCUUGUUGAACUUUCUGCCUAUGGAAAUGUCCGGCGAGGGCCAGAUUCAGGGGGCUGCAAAAUCCAAUGAAGUAGAUAUAUCUGAAUGGCGUCAAAGUUCGAAGUAGUUUCCUGAGGCUCAAUGGAGAAAGCUUGAUUCAUUGUUCUGUCAAAUAUCUCCAAUCAUGUUUAUACUAUGUAGCUUAACACUUCAAGUGAUUUACCCCAGAAAAUAAAUCGUGAUAUAUUUGAAUCAA